AUGCCUGCACAGAGCGCAACUUCUGCUUCCAGCGCUCCAACAUCCUCCUCCUCCUCCUCCUCAUCCCCGGUCACCAAGACUCCUCCCAAGACGCCGCCGCGGAGCGGAACUGGUGCUAGUUCUCGUGCUAAAGCAGGCGCUGCUUCUUCUACCUCUGUAGCCGUCACUACACCGGACUCUUCAGCAGAGACGCGUCGUGAACCGAGGGCAAGGAGCAAUGCUUUAUCUUCGAGUCCCAAGGGUAAAGAGAAGGAAACAGCGGUCCUUGUAACCGCGCCCGUCCGCACGAGCUCCAAGCGGUUACACGAUGCUACCGGUUCCGCGUCCUCCCCUUCGAACAAAAACGCUCGGACAGACAAGAGGGCAAAGUCGCGAUCGCCGCAGAGGUCACCCAGGGGCGGAGGGCCUGCUCCGAGCGCCGGAUGCCAAGCUGGAUCUCAAGAUAGACCUCCGAAUGCCGUAGGCGCGCUGGGUCAAGCAAAUCUCGCACCGGUUGAUUUGCAGGGUGCUGGUGCGCAGCUGCCCACGCCUCAGUCUGUUGGUCUGCAAGAAGAGGAAGCAGAGAUGAAGAAUAUUUUAGAUUCGAUGCCUAGAUGGGUCAAUCAGGAUGGUGACUUGUCGGGCGAUCUUUCCAACACGAGCUCGUCAUCUGCAUCUUCGAGCGGAUUGGGCAUCAGCAGGGAAGACAGGUCAUUCGGGGACAACAGGGAUGGUCCGCUGCAGACGUCCAGUACAGUGUCACGUGGGGCUUAUCAUCAGUGCGGCACGGCUAGAAGAGUGAAGGUGUACGAGCUUCAAGGCGAUAGCUGGCAAGAUCGAGGCACGGGUUUCUGUGCUGGUGUGUAUGAUGAGGGACGAGAUGAAGCUUUGCUGGCUGCUAGAGUCGAGGAUGCCUGCGAAGAUCUGCCGCUGGAGAAGAGCUCCUCCCCUGAGCCCAUGAGUGGAGGACCGUCCAGCGGUCAAGCGGGUGCAACUGCUACUGAGAACCCUGCAAGCCCGCAGAAAGCCGGACAAGAAGGCGAAUCGCAAAAUUUCAUGGUCGUCAUCACCCCGACGCUCGAAGCGGACGACCUUCUACUCUUGACCACCGUGGUUAGAGAUGACGUAUAUCAAAGACAGCAAGGUAAUUACCACACGAGUGGCAGGGCGUGAUGACAGAUGCUGACUGUGCUAUACAUCCUGUGCACAGAUACACUGAUCGUCUGGACGGAGCCGCAUGGGCAAGACAUGGCCCUCUCUUUCCAGGAGGCGGACGGGUGCCAAGAGAUCUGGGACUUCUUGCAAGAGGUGCAGAAGCACUUCAAUCUCAAUGCAGGAAGUGUAGAUGGGCCUGGAGGCGUCGAAGGAGGCGUAAGAAUGGGCGACGAAGGCUUCGAAUCGCCCCCUUUGACUCCGAAUCCUGACAGUAGUCCGUCGGCGCUGGGAACUGCGGGACACGAUCCCUUUGGACCGAAUGGCGCCGCUUUUGUCCUUCCUGACCCGUCACUUGGUAACCUGGCCCUCAUCGAAAUGAGCAUCAAGGACGCUGCUGCUAGAAGUCCACAUGCCAGAGAGAAAAUUGCUGCGUGGAUGCUGCGGAGCGUGAGUUGAGGUCCUUAUGCGACAUCGGCGCGCUCGUAGCUUCCGAUUGACUCUCCCUCUUCGAAUGCGUUGCGAACAGAACUUCUUGCACAAAUUAUUGCCCAUAUUUAGUGAUGCGGAGGAUUUAGAGCAGUUGGAAGCUCUGCAUCGCCUUUGCUCCAUCACGCAGACCACUCGUAAGUGGGACCAGAGCGCUUGAUAUGCUUUCACGGCGAUUCGCAUUAAUGCGUCUCAUCUUCGCAUGCUCACAGUGAUGCUCAACGAACACUCGUUGCUGGAGCAAAUCUUGCAAGACGACGUUUUCUUGGGGGUUGUCGGCAUGCUGGAGUGUGAGUUCGAGUUCUGAGCAGCGCUCGAGUGCUCGUGGAGACUAUAGACUAAGUUUCCUGCCUUUCGUGUCCGCAGAUGAUCCCGAAUUUCCCACGCUCAAGGCUAGCUACAGAGACUUCCUUCAGAACACGACCAAGUUUCGGACUGUCGUGGACAUCGAAGACCCAGUGAUACUGGCAAAGAUACACCAGACGUAUCGUUUGCAAUACCUGCGGGACGUGAUCCUGGCUCGAGUGCUAGACGAUGCGAUGUUCUCGGUGUUGAACAGCUUCAUCUUCUUCCAUCAAGUGGACAUUGUCGGCUUUUGCUCUGCCAAUGCUUCUUUCCUAAACCGCUUCUUUUCGGUAUAUGGAGAGGUGACGAUUCCUCGACGGGCAGACGCGCCCGGCGCAGCGCAGCACAUGGUGAUUGGCAAUGCGGCUAACGGACAGAAUGCGGGACUACCUCCUCCUCAAGGCGCCCCGAGCCUGCCGGACCGCGUCAUUGCCUAUCAGAAGCCACCUUCCGGACCGGGAACUCAGCAAAUGGCGGAAGGCGUCAUUUUCCUGCAACAGCUGUGCGCGAUGGGGAAACAGGUACAGCUACCCGCUCGGAUAGGCCUUUAUCGAUCCCUGGUAGACUGGGGCUUACUGAGCGUUUUGGAGUGGGCUUUGCAGCUCAAGGGAGAGAUGAAGCUGCGCAAUGCGGCUGCGGAAGUGCUGCUCACCAUCAUCGAGUACGACGUUAGCAGUGUGAGAGCGCACGCGCUCGCUCAAGCGGAAGCGAGCACGAAGCCCAUCUCCACUCUUCUGGUAGAGUCGCUGCAUGCGGAGCAGGACCUAGGUCUCAAAGCUCAAAUGUCAGAGGCCACACGGGUCUUACUGGACACGUCCGCAGAGAUGGGCGCUGCUAAUCCGGUAGCUCAGACCCUGGCUGCCGCAGCUGCUGCAGCCGUCGGCUCUCGGCCCAAGGACGAGUCGGACCGGUUCUUGAAUCUGGUGUACGAGGGCGACAUUGAGCGACUGUUCUCGCCUUUCUUCUCGUUGCCGCUCUUCAAAGUCAUCGCCCCAGGGGCAAGCAUCGACUUGUCACCCAGGGCCCGGUCAGCCCUCUUUGCGCACCUUUGCGACCUGCUCUGCUACGUCAUUGUGCACCACACCUUUCGGAGUCAGUACUUUAUCAUCACCUCCGACAUCGUUCGGCACGUCGUCAGCUUGCUGUACGCGAGAGAGAAGCACAUCAGACUGGCGGCGUUGCGCUUCUUGAAGGCUUGCCUCACCAGGAACAACCAGUACAUCAACAGGCACUUUGUCAAGGUUGAGCUGGUUGGAGCAGUACUCGCAGCGGUGGAGCACGAGAAGCACAGAGACAACCUGGUCGCGUCUGCAUGCUUGGACUUUUUUGCCUAUCUAAGAAGGGUGAGUAGUUCAGUCUCGAGCGCGUUGCCCAUAUACAAAGGUCUGCUGCGUUGUCGCGCUGUUACACGGCUUGUCACACCUGUGCACGGCGAGGCACGACCCUGGGUCUUUUGACGAGGGCAAGAUGAGACCAAGAUUGAAGCUGGCGAUGCAAAUCGCUUCGGGCGUCGACCGCCAUAUAGAGCCAUCCUCUCAAGCACUCUGCGGGAAAGGCACAGAUACCGGUCACACAUGUUACCAUUUGCAUCCUCUGUCAUUGUGCUUGCUCGCUCUGACACUGGUCUUCAACCUGACCGCAGGAAAACGUCAAGCCUUUGAUCGCCCAGCUUGUGGAUAGCUUCGGAGAUCGAUUGCGUGCGCUUGCUACGGCGCCCCUUGUUGGCGGCGCCUUUCAAGCUCUUCUUGAUCAACACGAACGAAAUCUCUUCCCUGCACCCGAGAUUGGCGACAUGAGCGCCUCAGACGCUGCGGCGUCUUUGGCAGCAGAAAAGGAGCGACGUCAGAGAGAUCUCGCGAGAAGGGGAGCUAAUCGGGCCACGAUGGAUUCGGAUGAAGAGAGCUACUUCAACGAUGAUUCAGACGACGAGAAUGUGGCUUCUCAAGGGCAGCAGCCUGUUGUGCCAUCGCACGACACAGGUGGUGGAUUUAUACUCGAGCCUCCCGGCGCUGUUGGUGCCAACGAAGGCUUUUCUCAACUGCCCUCCUCUGCGCCCAUGUCUCGCUCCUUGGUGGCGUAUGCGGACGAUGACGAUGUCGAGGCCGAUGCAGACGCCGACGCGCAGGAGGUUGCCAAGAAGCUGGCAAUCGCAGAAGCGCCCGUUUCUUUGGCGCCCAAGGCUGAGCCCACACUCAAGAGACGCAAAUCGCCGAUCCAGAAGAUGUCGGAGGUCAAGGAAGAGCAGCCGCGGCAGAAGCGCAGGCGAAGCGGAGCAGAUGCAGUAUCCUUGUCUGGUCCAUCGACGGGGCAAUUUGACGAUGCGGACGAAGAUGAGGAUAUCAUUGGUCGGCUGGCCAAGAGGCAGGCGCUCAAGAAUAAGGACAAGGACGAGGAUGAGGAGGGCGGCUUUUUGAGAGACAAGUCUGCUACGCCUGUCCCAUCUGCGAAUGCCGGCACUGCCUCGCCCUCCGCAACGCUCAGCUCGGACGAAAAGCAGAGCGGCUCGGCGACCAAUUCGAGCGCGCCAGGUCUCAAGAAGAUUUCUUUGGGUCUGUCCAGCUCCAGCAAGCGGAUGGCCGCCGCAACCAGUGCCGGCGGGGGCGCUGCGAACAAUGACGAACAAAAGCCCAAGUGA